CAGAAAAAUCUCGCAUCACAUUCACAGCUUUACGUUUUUGACGGUGCUUUGUGAAAACCUGUUGGUUGUUUACUAGUUAUUGUGAAUGCGUUAUUCAUUCGUAUAGUUUGGGUUUUUCGAAGGUGUUUGUAGAGAAGUUAUGUGACCACCUUGGCUAAAUUGAAUCUAGUAACGUCACAGUGUUGAUACUGUACAUUAGCCAAAGUAAAAUUCACCGAUGGAAAUCACCCCUAAAGCAGCUAAAGUAAAAUCAGUGUAUUCUUCACCUUGUCAUUCAGUGGAGUCAAGCCCCUGUGAACACAAAGAGGAAAAGCCUCAUCAAAAGCUGAGCUCUUCACUGAAGGAGAGGCUGAAGAGAUCAAGGCGCUCCUUCACCUCACCCCUCUCUGUGGCCAAACGACUAUGUGUUGAUGACUUAGAGGAGGGUGGCAAACAAGUUUUAGCAGAUUCUCAGACUGUUAAUAAUCCUCCACUUAUCACUGACAAUGUUGACAUAAACAGAAAUGACGGGAGGUCAGGGAGUGAAAAGUUUACUGGACCUAUUCCCGAAGCAACACAUCCUCCUUCAACAGACUUAGCACAACAUCGAGACCAACUCAGGAAGGAGGUUAAAGACAAGAUGGAGACUCUGCGUAGACUCAAGAUGGUUAAAAUGUACCGAAGCAAGAAUGAUUUAACACAGCUCCAAACCUUGAUUGACAAGUGGCGGAGUUGUGCUCAGGCUGCGCUGUGUGAGCUCCAGUCAGAUGUCCUGAUAGAGGGAGGAAAGGCCAGCCUAUCUGAACUUAUUGACCACUUUGCUCUGGAUGACGGUAUUCUGCACUUUGACCGCACUGAGGAGGACUUCAGUACCUAAUAUUACACACACAUCAUUUAGUGUACAAAAAUACUACAGAGGAACAAUCACAUUAAAAAAAUCUGAGUAAUCAGAGUUAAUUAUUUGUUUUAUUUGUUGCUGCUACAAUUUUUAUUCACAGCUUGAGUUGUAAAUUUCAUGUUCAGUUUACUUGUUAAGAGAAGUGUAAAUAAAACCCUGUU